AUGAAAAGUUUUAUAGUUUUCCUAAUUUUUGUAAAAUUCGCUGAUCAAUGUGCAAUUAAACCAAAACUACGUAAGUUUGCCAGGGAAACGAGGCACGCCAAACAAUGCAGAUAUUUUAGAGCAAGAUAAUGUGCAAAACGAAAAAGUUGAACUUGGUUUGAGUUCGGGGGGAGGCGAUUCUGGAGAUUGUUCAAAAGAAAAACAACAUUUUAUCGGUGAAAAAGAUUUCUUCUUGGAAGAAUUUUACAGGUAAACUAGAUUUUUUUUUUGAAAUCAGCUCCGAAUUAGAAUUUGUUCAAAGAAUUAAAAUUACCCAAAGUCUCUGAAUAAAGUUACGUGAAAACUUGAAUAUUUUUAUAUUAGAUUCGGCUAAGAUAGGCGUAUCUCAACUUACAGAUAAAAUUAGAAGAUUUCAAUAAUAUCCUCGUGGUUGUUACCCACAUAUUUCCCCAAUGUGAAAAUAUAAUUAAAAGCCUUGGGACAGCUAAUUUAGUUAACCGAGACUACCCACGACGAAUAAACUAUAUAUGAAUAUAGCCGUUUCUAAAAAUUAUUUUGAGUCUUUGAAAAAACUAUGUGCGUCAGUUUAAUUGAGGCCACUUCGAUUUGACACAAACCAGUGAAAAAAUACAUUUUGAAUUUUUUAACCAAACUUGUAAGAAUUUAUUGGGAAUUCAUAAGAAAUCGAAUUUCGAUUUUGUUUUGUUAUUCAAAACCUUAGAUUAAAUCAGAUUCAUAAUUUUCUGUGACAGAAGUAUUAAUUGUCAAAAAAUUCUCUCAUUAUGUUUCAAUCCAUUUAUCUCAAAUAAUUUUCAGUCCCAAAAAUGCCACAUUCAAAUGUGAAAACCUCAACGUUGUCAUUCACUUCAAUUCCGAAACUGAUUCAAAAAUAAAAACCAUUAACACUGGAGAAUCAGAAGUAUCAGUUCAAUGUAUCAAUGGACUUUAUCAAAUCCCACUCAAGGAUAAGAAAUUGGAAGUUUUCUAG